CUCUAUACAAACUGCUGCUAUGGCGAUAAUGACAAACUCAGCUUGUGCAGAGGCAAACACUUGCUUAGGCAAGCUCAACAAGGCUAGAGAGGAUUCACACUAUUUGAACACUCUCGAGACUAUCAGCACUCAGUUUUCAGAUAGCUCUAAGUCUUCUACGAAUGCAAAGUUUAGUAGAAUGGUGAUCAAGAAGGUUUCCACCAAAUCAUCGAAAAACUCCUCGACCUGUUUCUCCCAAGAUGUUGAAAUGGAGAUCGAUACAGCUAAUUCCUCUGAUUCCCCCAUGGAAGCUGAAGAGGAAUCUGUGCAUUCAAAAGUGGUCUCGACUUAUGGAAUAAAACUGUUGCAUAAUUUAAAGAAAAAGCAAGUAAAACUCACUGGUGAUUUUUCAAGACAUGAAAUUAAGAAUUCUCACAGAAAGCAAAUGAUCGUCUGGAUGGAUGAAGUUCUUGCCAUUUUUAAGUGCCCAUCAGACACCUUCUUCAUGUCUGUUCACAUUAUGGAUAGAUAUUUUGAACAGACCUCUGAAUCACUCUUGCUGAACGAUCUUCAUGAGAUCGGAAUUGUCUCCAUGUUCAUUGCCAGCAAGUACCAAGAAGUAGACCCACUCACUUUAGAUCUCAUGAUCGAGAAGGUAGCUCAUGGAAAGAUCUCCUCCAAACAACUCUUGGCUAGAGAGAGGAAGAUCGCCUCCUGCCUAAAGUUUAAAUUUGAAGUCCCCAAUGUGCUAAACUUUAUGGAGAGCUAUCAUGAAAUUUAUUCACCUAAAUUCCUUUCUGAGGAGAACGUACUCUUAGGUGAAAAUAUGGUCAAGAUUGCAAAGAGAAGCAUUCUGGAGAGUAAAAAGGCCUUCGGUGUCCUUCCCUCCAAGCUUGCUCUAUAUAUCUUGCACAAGGCCCUCAACGGUCUUUCAGAGUUAGACAACAAGAAUGUUCUGAUCUGCGAUUAUAUGAACUUUGUUAAAAAUGAGAUAAACUCUCUUGACCACCUGGUUGCCAAGAAUACCAUAGAAGUGAAGAACUUUGCUUAAGCCUCUUCAGUCUCUGAAGGAGGUGUUAGCUAAAAUCUACCAUUAGGAUACUACUGAGUAAUUAGGCUUUUGGUUUAGAUGCCUUGAGACAGAUUGAGGCGUCGAACCAGAGCAUGCUCGCCCCCUUAGGAUACUACUAACUUAAUAUAUAACUAACUUCUAA